AUGGAAACUAAUAACAGUGAACAUAUUGAGGAAGAAACACCAGAAGGUCAGAAAGAUGAGCAAAGAAAAGAAAGCAGAAUUCAAGAAUUGGAAGAUCAAGUAGCAAAGUUAAAGGAACAGUUAAACGCAGUUUUCGACGAGACAAACCAAUUGCUAACGCAACAAUCAGAAGAACAAGGUAAAGUUUGUAAUAGAAAUUUCGAAUUGGGAACAAUACGUUGGAUUUGCCAAGAAAUGUUACACAAUGUAUCAAUAACAUUCAAGUUCAAAAAAGUCGAUAGAGAUGGGUUUAUUCUAUCGAACAUAUAUUACAUUUCUUCGUAUCAAAAAUGAACAAAAUAUUUCACGCAAUUCAAAAAUCAUGUUUGACCGUUUGAGUUACUAGUACGUAAAUGAAAUGUUACUCGAAUUACAUAUGUACCAGCAAUUGCAUGCAUGGGUGCUGUACUUCUGUAACUCAGCUCAGCUCGCAAACCACUGCUAGUAGGAGUAGGGUACCGUAUUUUGUGCUGGGUUUGUGUGUCCUUUUUUGUUAUAAAAAUUUAUAAACGCUUUCUUUCUUCCAGUUGAAUUAUUCACACAUGAACAAGUCGUUGGAGAACCUGGAUCAGUCCAUAAAACAGAAAAAGAAAAAAUAGAACAACUUACCAAACAAUUGAAUAAGGCAAACAUUACCAUUAAUAAGUUGCAAAGUGUCAACAAGAGGUUGAGAGAAGGAAAGGAUGCCGCAGAGUUGGCGAAAACGAAGUUGGAAAAAGAAGCAAAAGAACUGAGGCAGACAAUAUAUCAAUUAGAACGUGCGUUAGAGCGCGAGAGAAAAAGUCUCCAAGAAGAUUUACAACGAAAAGGUCACCUUUGUAACAAAGAUUGUGGAUUGUGUUGCUUACUAUGGAUUUGCAAUAACAAACUGGGUCUCUAUCCUUGUGGUCCCCAUUUACAAACAAUUAUAACACUCAAACUAGACCGUUCUGAUCCAAUAACUGAAAAUAAAUAUUUAGGCUGUGAAGCAUUCAUGUCCAUUUUAGUAAAAUAUGAAGUAGUUGAUAUAUAUCCUAAGCAAGAUCCCGAGUGUCCUAAAAAGAAUGACAUCCACGAUUGUUACUGUAACAAAGAUAAAGCAUGGGAAAAACUCAUGGGCGUGGAUACGAAGGAACGUGCAGUGAUAAUUGGAAGCCUAAUUUUGAAGGCAGAUGAGGUGGGUCAUUGCGUAGUGUGUGACUUGGAGACAGAUGCAAGGGAGAAAGGCAGCUUAACAAUCCAUGACCCACAGUCAGAGGAAUGGCGGACAGUUAAUCAAGAUGCUUUUAGAAAACGUGUAAAAGAUGUCGAUGGAGUUGUAGUGUUCACUGUCAACGUCGAAAACCUGAACCAAAUAAUCAAAGUUUACGAGAAAAGUUUAAUUCAUAAAUCGAGAGAAGAUUGUAAUCUUACUGGCACUGACAACAACCGCAUGUCUCCUGUGUCACCGACAGUUACCGAGUCGCCUGAGGAACCGAAAAUUAUCGAGUUGCCUGCGGAAUCGACAGUCACCGAGUCGCCUGCGGAAUCGACGGUCACCGUAUUGCCUGCGGAAUCGACGGUCACCGAGUUGCCUGCGGAAUCGACGGUCACCGAGUCGCCUGCGGAAUCGACGGUCACCGUAUUGCCUGCGGAAUCGACGGUCACCAAGUUGCCUGCGGAAUCGACGGUCACCGAGUCGCCUGCGGAAUCGACAGUCACCGAAUUGCCCGCGGAAUCGACGGUCACCAAGUUGCCUGCGGAAUCGACGGUCACCAAGUUGCCUGUGGAACCAAAUAUGCAGCCUGCGGCACAGGACAUGUUCCCUGGGGAACCUUAAUACAAAACUAGAAGUAAUUAUUGCCAAGCCUUCCCAACAACAUACUGUACUGUAGCACAAUCAUUUAAGGAAAGGACAUAGUGCAGAGACACAAACAAUAUUGUUGGUACUGUAGAUAGCAUAUUGACCUGACUAUGUAUAUAUUUAGUACACCUAAAAAACACCACUUCCUGUUAAUUUUUGUUAUUUUGGUAAUUCGUGGUUCGGAAUGAAGUGUCCAAAAUGUCAACUUCAG